UGUGGGCGGACCAGUAGCUAGUAGAUGUAGAUCAUAAGAUCUAUAUCAAACAUGUGAUACACGUCUAAAUACUAUAUCUAUCACAACUCUGAUAGAAUGCAAUUGCUAACUGACCCGGUACAACUUGAAAAUGUAAACAAUACUUACCAUUUUAAUUAAGAUGCAAAAUGUUUCUGACUGAGUGAUCUCCACUGAUAUGGACUAUGUCUGCUGUACCUGAUAACGUCCCUACAGACCGCCAUGAAAGUCGAGGAAUGGAAAUGGCGUUAUCUGAUUCUCGUGUUAGACUGCUCUAUGACUUUUGGAUGUUUCUUCAACAUCGACAUCAUCAGCGCCGUCCAAGCAGACAUACAGUGUCAGGACACUGGAAAUUGCCAAAAUAUAACAAGUAAUGAAACGUGUUGCGAGGGUUGUCUGGGGCUGGGUCCCGAUCGGUACAACCAGCUUUACACAGCCUACUUCUGGAUGAACGCACUAUGUGCCUUACCAGGAGGUUACAUCAUCGACAGGAUCGGAAACCGAGUAUCCGCUGUCAUCGUUACGACGAUGGCUAGUAUUGGUUCCCUCCUGUUUGCUGUCGCCACCAUGGAUGGGAUCCAGGGAACAACCGCAAUGUUUCCACUGAUGAUAUGUGGUCGUCUGCUUGUCGGGGCGGGGACUGGGUUGUCUCUUAUUGUUCAAGACCGCGUUGUCGCGUUUUGGUUCAAAGACAGAAUCUCUUUUGUUUAUGGAUUUGUAAUAUUUGCGUUACGUUUGGGAAACGUUUCAAAUUUUCUUCUUACCGCCAACGUAGCGAAAGUGUAUGGGAUACAAUGGGCCUUCUGGCUGGGAACGCUAACCUGUGUCAUCGGGGUUCUAUGCGCCAUUAGUUUAGCAAUUGUAGAUUAUUAUGGUACAAAACAACUUGAUGAUGACUGCAAGAUGAACAUGAAAGCUCUGCCCGUGUCGCGUAAAGACAUCCGUGAGUUCCCGGCUUCUUACUGGAUGGUUUGUUUGAUGCUUAUGUCCUAUUACGCCAGCUAUUUGCCUUUCGUGGGAAACGGAACCAAAUACAUCCAGGAUAGAUAUGGAUACUCUAAAACAACAUCCGCCUACUACAAUGGAGCUGUAUACGACAUAUCGGUUCUCAUAUCGCCGUUCGUUGGCAGUCUUCUGGCAUUGAUUAAUUGUCACGGGAUGGUUCUCAUUGCUACAUGUGUGUUCACGUUGCCUAUCUUCCCACUCCUCGCCUAUUGUCCAGAAGUUCACCCUCUCAUUCUUACCAUCUGGAUGGGCGCCGCCUACACAUUUGCCGCGGUGUGUCUGUGGCCUUGCAUUAUUAUCGUCGUGCCGAGGCACGCCAUUGGUACGGCCAUAGGUAUUGCGACGUGCAUCCAAGGUCUUGGUAUUGGGUUGACAAACCUGUUAACGGGAAAAUUCCUCGGCUUUACGGAAGAUCCGGAUAUGGAGUCUCUGAUACAUAAAUAUCAGAAGAUGCUGCUGCUGCUCCUCAGCCUGAUGCUAUUCUGUACACUGUGCUCUAUUGUACUUAACGUCUUCGACCUCAACAGGGGAAGAUUAUUGAACAGACGACUAGCAAAGAAAGUUGCCAAAGAAAUGAAAAACUUCGUUGACGAAAAAUCUCCACUUAUGACUGAUGCCCCGAGUAUACAGAGCUAUGUAUCCAUAGACGCAAGUGUUGGUGACAUCACUCCGGGAAUACAGUGAUAAACCUGUAGUUAG